GAUGGCGGCUGAGGUGGAGUCGUCGCUGGAGUUCAGCUUGUCCAGCAGCGGCACGGGCCCGGCGACGCUGCCUCCGGCGCGCUCCCGCAUCUUCAAGAUCAUCGUCAUCGGGGACUCGAACGUGGGGAAAACGUGCCUCACCUACCGCUUCUGCGCCGGCCGUUUUCCGGAGCGCACCGAGGCCACCAUCGGGGUGGAUUUCCGCGAGCGCGCCGUCGACAUCGACGGGGAGCGAAUCAAGAUUCAGCUCUGGGAUACAGCAGGGCAGGAACGAUUCAGGAAGAGCAUGGUACAGCACUAUUACAGAAAUGUACAUGCAGUCGUGUUUGUAUACGAUAUGACAAAUCUUGCCAGUUUUCAUAACUUGCCGUUGUGGAUUGAGGAGUGCAAACAACACUUGCUCACCAAUGAUAUACCCCGGAUUUUGGUUGGAAACAAAUGUGAUCUAAGGAAUGCAAUUCAGGUGCCUACAGACAUGGCUCAGAAGUUUGCUGACACUCAUAGCAUGCCACUGUUUGAAACUUCUGCUAAAAAUCCUAAUGACAAUGACCACGUGGAAGCCAUAUUUAUGACACUGGCUCAUAAGCUCAAGAGCCAUAAGCCACUUAUGCUUAGUCAGCCAUCUGCUAACACAAUUCACUUAGAACCUGCAUCAAAACCUGCUAUGACGUGUUGGUGUUAGCUCAGUAUUUUUGCGGUCAUCACUUUGUUAUGUUUGCCAGUGCUUUAAGAGAGUGAUAUUGAUAAUGUUCCAGUUUAGUAGCAAUUAUGUUGGAUCUUCUGGGCACUGUCCUCAGCAAGAUGUGUUCCACACUUGCAUUUGCACUUUGUAAACUGUAGAAUCUCAAUUAAUGACGUUUAGCUGGAAAUUAGAUUUUUCAAAUGAAGCUCGACCCCUCAUCCCAUUAAGAUCACUUAGUUUUGAGAACUUUUCUCCACUAAACAAAAAUGAAAAUGUUUGUUAGGUAAAAUCGCUGAUGCCUUUAGUAUUCUAUUUGAGCAGACCACGGUUCUAUAAAACCCAAAGAGCAGUAGGAUGUGAUAAUCUUAGUUGUUUGGUAAAUGGAUUAGUGAAAUGUACACUCCUAUUUCAUAUUUUAAUCAGUGCACUGGAAGAAAAACUUAACAUCAGUGCUGGUAUUAGGAAGCCUCUUGUCUUUAUGUCUUGCAACUUUAUUUUAAACUCUAUAGAUCCAUUACAGAAGUAAGUGAUAAUUCACUGUGUUUUCUGCCUUAACUUAUGGUUUUAUUCCCUUUAUAGCAUAUUUCAAUUGCUUGGCACUCUAUAUCUGAGAGAGCAAGAGACAGAAAUUACAUUGAAAAAAAUAUCUAGGAUUGUUCCAUAUUAUCAUGUUAUAUUUUGCAAGAUGGAAGAAAAUCAUGGAAAACUAAUGCAGCUUUGAAUUUUUUAGCCAAAUUGUAUUGUAUGUUGCUCUUGUAACCACAACAAUGGUAUACAUUCAAUGGUGGCAUUGCUUUGGAGGCGGAGUCAUCAGUAGUAUUAACAUACCUUGUCAUUAUAUCUUUAAAAGCCCCAAGCAGCAAGAGUUGAUGUAGCCAUGGAGGUCCCACUUUGCUGCUCCACUGGGCUUUUGUCUCUCCUCAUGCUGCCUGAUGUAGGGCAGAAUUGGAGAUCAGGAUGGUGAAGGGAAAGAUGAACAAGUGCAGUAGGCGACACUUCCCUCUUUGCUUUGGAGCUUUUAAAAGACAGUACAUACAUUCUAGAGGCUGAGACCAGCAUCAGUCUGUAGGCUUUGUAUUCUUAACAUUCUAACAACAUAUGGUGCACUGGUAGAUUAGCAGUAUUAGCAGUGACUUAUACAGCAUCCAAACUACCCAAAACCUGAGACUUCAUUCCAGACAAAGAUGUUUAGGGAUAGGACGCAAGAUUGUGAAGCAAACUUCAAGGUGAAAGGGUUUAGGAUUGCAAAAUUAAUCCUAAUAUUCAGUGAAUUGCAAACGUAGGCUCAUGUGAACGACAUUGGAAGAAUAAACAUUUGCCAGUGUGGCUGGUUAACUGGCUGUUUUUUGCUUUUAAAAUAGACUGAAACAGGAACAACUUCACUUCAGUAACUGCAAUAUGUAAGCAAAUUACUACAUGUGUGUCUUAGCUGUUAAAAUAUGGAGGGGACAGUCUCUUAUCUGAUAGUAUUUUUUAAAAAACAUGAAUAAAGGCAGCUGCCCUACAUAGGUAAAUUUAGCAGCAAGUUUUUUUGUGAACCGCCCAGAGAGCUUCGGCUAUUGGGCGGUAUAAAAAUGUAAUAAAUAAAUAAAAAAUAAAUAAUGAUAUAAGGGGCUCUUCAGAUCAGUUUGCAGUAUAAAUUGUUUAGGAUUGGAUAUAUGACAGAUCUGGCUUGAUGACUUUGUAUGGACAUCUUUCUUCUAUUAUAACUCACCUUCCCCUCUUUCUCCUACUUCCCAAACCUAUGAGAGCUAUGCUGCUCCUAGCAAUGGUGCAGGAGGGUGGGCAGGCCUUCGGAAUAUGCACUACUUGUACAAGUGCCAACUUCAGGCCUUCCAGCACUGAGCUUUCACUGAGUGGAAAUCAUGGUGCCAAUCUCCAUCUCCCUGCACAAAUAGACUUCCAGAUAUUCAGAUAUGUCCUCACUAAGCAAGACCAUCACAUUAAAGGAAUUAUUAAUUUGUGUCAACUAGCUGAAUUGAUUAAAUAUGCAUACGCUUGUGCAGGAAUAAAACUGUUCUUAAGGGGGAAAGUGUAAGUCCUUUCUUUUUAGAUGAUGCACGCAUUUGUUGUGCUUGGUAUAUUAGAAAAGACGUUCUUUCCUGCAUGAAAGAGAAUGGGGAUUUAUGUUCAUUUUAAUGUUCAUACCCUGUUUUUCUUUCCAUGAGGAAACCCAAAGCAGCUAACAAUAACAGGAGUGCAACUUCUUACAAUGGUGCCUGCUACUUGAUGUUUUAAUCUGCAACUUGAUGCGAUUAAUCUAAAUAUACAUGAAUUGCACAAGAGUUGGUCUUAACUCUCGGUUCUUCAAUAGCAUUAAUGGGUAGUGCAAUCCUUUUGCUCCUCAUCUUCAUUUAUUUAACUGAUGUUUCACAGAUUUCACAUUUCAUGUUAAUUACGCACAACCUUUUGGUUACAUGAAAAGGGAAAGUAAGCCAUGGAACACAAGUCACCAUUGGAUUUUAUUAAAAGGAAAUGGAAUAUCAGUAUUAUAUGUUAACCCUUAAAGAACAACUUUCUAAAUGUUGAUUUAUACUAUAUCCGAUUGAUGCUCUUGAAAAACUACAUAUGAGUGUCUUAUCAAGCUUUUAACCUUGGCCGUAUUAUGACUGAAGGCAGAUCAAGUUAAAUGUAAUUAUCAAACAAAAGAAAAAUAGGCAUUAUUCUGUUGCAGAUUAGUACAGUGAAAUAUAAAAUAGUAGCUUAUUGGUUUAAGAAUAUAUAUUGACUGCACCUUAAACAGAGUAAAAUGCAGGGAGCACAAUCCAUGUGCAUAGUGGGCCAAAUAUAUAAGUGGAUUGUGUCCAGAAUUUUUAGAUAAUCUUUACUUUUUCUUUGCUAAUCACUACAACUGUAACAGGGCUUUCUUUAGUUUUUAUACAACACUUGAAAAAGGGAUUUUUUUUAAAAAAAAAAAAGCAACUGCUCUAAACCUUAAUUUUGAUUUGGUUUACAUACCUUCCAGGAAUAAUAAUGUUUUUAAUGCUAAGUGUCUUUAAUGAUUUUUAAUAAAGGAAUGUUCUUAAAACAUGA